CCGUCAGUGUAGCGGUAGCUGACAGACAGCCUUCACGGACUAACAGCUGUCUGGACCAGCUGAGAAAUUUGACCGGAGUCCAAACGAUAUCAGAGGAAGCCUUCAGGAGAGUAGAAAAUAAAAAGAAGAGGAGGCAAAGCCAGGAGGGGAAGGUAGAUGAGUUAUUGCUUUUGUUCUCCUUCUAGGAGUCUGGGGGUUUAUGCUUCGCUGUUUACCGGACUAAGGUGGGAGCUCAUAUUUUUGUAAUUCUGUUUUCCUCCAUCGCGUUUCAUUGCGCCUGCACUGCCCAGCAGCCAGGCUAGGCACCGUGGAGGAGCAGCCGCUUACUUGCAGCUCCAUCGCCGCUGCGCUCCUUCUUCCUCCAGCGGGUCGGCUCCAGGUGGAAGUGCGGAGAUGCGCUUUUCUAUACGAAAUGGACGUUUCUCUGGAGAAGGAUAAACUUGGAUGAGAUCUAGGAAACAAACUGGAAACUGCAUUGUUGAGCAGGAAUUUAUUGUUUGAAAAAUAGUUAUAUAACGAAAGAGAAGAGGGGGUAAAAAGGGAGUCGCUCCAGGAGGAGAACCAAACCCCGCAGGUUACUUGAGCUGCUGCGGGCAUGGGGAGCAGGAGGGUCGCUGACACAUCCAACGCAUCCGAGGUGUCUGUGCAAAUAGACAAAAGGGAGGCAGAGGACGACUAAAGAGGCGGUGAUGGAGGGUGAAGGCAGCGGGGUUCAGUCCACCCAUCAGCCGUCUGCAGCCCUGUCAGCAGCCGCAGCAUGAGGUGGAUUGAGGGAACUGACACAGAGGAGGUGGCCCUUAUUAUAACCUGAAGAAGACAGGACCCAGUGCCUGACCUUGUGUUUGUCGAAAGUGCCAAAGAAGAGAAGGGGAAAAGCGUCAUUGGUAAAAAGAAAAUUGCUGCCUUCUCCUUUCAAGCCAGAGCCCUUUCAACCUUACUUCAAGCUACUCUUAGGGGCUCAACUGUCCCUUUGACUUCACCAGAAGCCUCCCCCAACCCAUCUGCCAGCACAGAUAACUGUCUGAUUGUUGGCACCCACAUGUUUGAGGUGACUCUGUGUGACCACCGCUGCCCAUUUUCGAACAGAAGCAGUGACUUGCAAACCCAUUCUGCACCAUGCAGUGGAGACGGCGGCACUGUUGUCCUAUUAAGAUGACCUGGACCAUCAAACGUUCCCUCUUUCGGACCCAUGUGGCAGGUCUACUUUCUCUGGCUCUACUCUUUACAUUGCUUUUAUUUCUUAGCCACCAGGAAUGGUUGCCUGGGCGCAGUGGGCCUCGUGACACCCCUGUAACAUACACCAUCAGGGGUCUUGGGAGUCCCGAGGGGGAUGCCAACCAGAGCAGUUCUCUGAGGAGCCUGUGGAAGGAGACGGGGUAUGGAGCCUCAAAGCCUCUUCUCAACCUCAGCUCUCAACAAGCAGAGGGGACACCAGCCAUCAGGCAGACAUGGGGAAAUGAGACUGUAGCAGGGGGGGUUGGGUUUGUUCGGCUUUUUCUUCUUGGCACAGGAAAGAGUUUAGAUGCCUUUCUUCAAAGUAGCAUUGAAGAAGAGAGCCGUGUUUACCAUGAUAUCAUCCAACAGGACUAUCAGGACACCUACUACAACCUAACCACCAAAACCUUGAUGGGGAUGAACUGGGUGGCAACCUAUUGCCCAAAAGUCUCCUAUGUGAUGAAGACAGACAGCGACAUGUUUGUCAAUACUGAGUAUCUUGUUCAAAAGCUGCUAAAACCUGAACUACCCCCCAAAAGGAGAUAUUUUACAGGAUAUUUAAUGAGGGGCUUCGCACCAAACAGAAACAAGGAAAGCAAGUGGUACAUGCCGCCAGAGGUUUAUCCAAGCGAGCGCUACCCCAUAUUUUGCUCAGGCACAGGGUAUGUGUUCUCAGGGGACCUGGCCGAAUUGAUCUAUCAGGCCUCACUUAGCAUACGCAGACUGCACCUGGAGGACGUUUAUGUAGGAAUCUGCCUGGCAAAGUUACGCAUUGACCCAACACCCCCUCCCAAUGAGUUCCUCUUCAACCAUUGGCGCGUCUCUUAUUCCAGUUGUAAGUACAGCCACCUGAUAACGUCCCAUCAGUUCCACCCCAAAGAACUUAUGAAGAUAUGGAAUCACCUGCAGAGCAACAAGCACAACGCCUGUAUUAAUACUGCCAAGGAAAAGAACAGCAGACACAGAAAGUUCCAUGGGCACAGAGCUCCAUGAAUUAUUCCUUGAUGACCGCCUGCCUCAGAAAAAAGGAUGUUGCUUGAAAUAAGGAAAUAUUCAACUCGGCACUAAACACUAUAUAAGAAAAAAGCACAUUGUUUUUGGUAUUGUGUACAGCAACCUAUUUUUUUAUUUUUAAAGUAAUUGCAAACCUUUCAAACUAUUUCCGAAAGGAAGAACUGGAAACAUGAUUGUUUGAUGCACAGAGAAAGUUGCAGCUCAAAAUCUGGGUUUAGGAUAAUUCAGGUGCUAACAGAUUGGUGGAAAUUGAUGCUCUUAAUGAUAGUGCAGUACAUCAAAGACUACAAUGUUUAAAGAGACGGGUUAAAAAAAAACACCACUUUGUUUACACAGACAAAGGGAAAUGUACGUUUAUUUUGAAAAGUUACACUACCUAAAUAUAAAUGAAUGAAUGAUCUAAAUCUUUAACAUGACCAGUUAUGCUGCCCUGUUUUUUGCUGUUUAAAUUACAGAUCUAUCAAAAGACACCUCUAAUAGUGGGUUUCUUCUCAUCCAAUGUAUUUUAUUUUUGAAAGGUUUCACAUAAAGCAACCACAAUCACAUCAGAGAUGACUGAGAUUGUAUUUUCUAAAGCUUUACAUUGAGUAUAACUCUGCACUUAAGUAAAUGUGCAAUGACUCAUUUGAAAAAAAUAAAUAAAUGUACUGAAUUCAUUUUGCUUGAAUUUCUUGUAUCUUUUUACCUCAUCAAUUGCAUUGGGGUCC